GUGUUGGUGGUGACGUCCGAGGUGUGGGUCAGGCCGCGUGCCGCUCCAGCUUCAGCUAGACCAUGUGACUCCCUCCACCACCACAACAACGCGGCUGCCAGACCUCACUUACGCAUCACAACGGGGGACACAUUCCUAAACACCCUCUCAACAUCGACUAAUAACGAAUAAAGUGUAAUUAAAGAAGACAAUAAACCCCCCCCCCCCAAAAAAAAAGAACAUGUGAAUUUAGUAACAGGAACCCAUUAAUCGUCUUGGUAACGCAAUGUAACGUCUUGUAACAGAGCCAUGACGGACACUACUUAGAUAAAUGUUAUACUUCAGUGUGUGUUGAUUUGACCCAAGUGAUGAACUCAGGAACUUUUGGGAAGUGAUAUUUUUUUUUUCGAUUUUACAAGAUUAUGUCAAGUUCGUCAGCCGUCAGGGAGGUCAGCAGCCGUUCAGCCAGUGUCUUAACUGACGUGACGGGGUUCAGGUGGUGAGGACGAGGCUUGAUGGGCAACCAGCGGGGGCGUGGGCGAGGGUCGAGAGGGAGUUGCCCUGCCUCCUACAGGAUGGUGGUUGAUCACUGGUCGGUCGUGGCCCUCAGAGUCCUCCUGUUCUUGGGUCUCGCUAACAAGGGUUGUACACUAAGGGUGUCAGGAGUGUUAGUACCGCCUGUAGUAGUGUCGGGAACAACGGUUGAGUUAGAGUGUAAUUAUCACCACAGCCUCGACAGACCCGACCCGCUCUACUCGGUCAAGUGGUACCGGGACGUGAACCAGUUUUACGAGUACAUCCCCAAGAGGAAGCCUCCCAUAAGGGUGUUCCCGGUACCUCACAUUAAUGUUGACGAGAGCCACAGCACGCGGGAGAAGGUGCGGCUGACGGGGGUGACGAGGGAGACCUCUGGCAGCUUCAGGUGUGAGGUGAUGGGCGACAAACCUUUCUUCGAGACGGACGACCAUACUGUAAACAUGACGGUGGUGGACGUGCCGUUGGACCAG